AUGAAAUUGCAAUUGAAUACAUCUUGUCUAUUUUAUCAAGCACUUUUUAAUACGGAUUAAUAAUAUUGUUAUAAAGUGUGCGUUUAUGUAGCAAAUGGAUAUAUUUAUUUUCAAAUGGAAAUCAUCGAAACCUAUCACAAUUCAAAGUAAUUGAUUGGAGGAGAUCGCAAUUAAAACGAACUAGUGAUUGCUUAAUGGGGUGGCAAUGUGCUAUUCAAGAGGAAAAACGCAGAGGACGUUAAAGUCAAUACUUUUUGUGUAGGCCUUCUUAAGAUUACAGGUGAUAAAUAUUUGUGCUUUACCAGCAAAAAUCAUUUAUUACAAAUAAAUGAAGAUAGAAAAAUCGAAUAAAUAGAUUAACAAGAUAGUCCCUACUUUGUUUGCGACUUUUAUUUGAAAACUUGUCUAUUCAUGCAUAAUACUAUUUAAUAAUAACGAUUUUUGUGUCUUUGGAAUAUGCUGACGUAAUAGAAAUCCAAAUAUGAACAUCUCAGCAGCAUUACAAGUGUAAUGGCUGCUGAUGAUGGCAUUUGGUUAGGAGAUAAGGAUGGAUAUUUGAAUUUUAUAACUUAUAAAUUGAAGCUUCAAAAACGUGUUAGAAUAUUUUCAAAUGAAAUCUCCAAAAUCUAAACAAUGAACAAGAAAAUAUAUUGUGUUUCAUAGAAGGAACUAAAGCUAUUUUUCCAAGAUUAAAUUGUCUCAAUCUCUACCUUCGAUAGUGAGAUUAGCUGUAUUGGUGCAUUCAAAAAUAAAUUGAUAUUGGGGACAACAACUGGAUAGUUAAUGAUUUAAGAAAAUUAGAAGAUUUUUGCAAAACAUCAACUACAUGCUAAUUCCAUAACGAGUGUCUCUGUUAAUGGUAAUCAAAUUGUAACAACCAGCAGUGAUCGCACUGCUAAAGUCAUUCAAAUAAGCUGAGAAUGAUAAAUAUAUAUAGAUAUAGAA